CCAAAACUAUCUAGUUGACUUAACGAACCUCUUUUUCUCUUCCUUUAUAUAUACAUAUUGGCUUAUUCUUUGUUUCAUAUUUUGUUAAAAUUGUGUUUCUCUUUUCUUUGAUUGCUUGUGAUAUCUCAAAAUGAGCAACAUAAGCAUGGUAGAGGCAAAGUUGCCACCAGGCUUUAGAUUUCACCCUCGAGAUGAAGAACUUGUUUGUGAUUACUUGCUCAAGAAAAUUACUCAUUCCGAUUCGCUUCUCUUCAUUGAAGUCGAUCUCAACAAAUCUGAACCUUGGGAUAUUCCUGAAACAGCUUGUGUGGGAGGUAAAGAGUGGUAUUUUUACAGCCAGAGAGAUCGUAAAUAUGCAACAGGAUUAAGGACAAAUAGGGCAACAAAAAGUGGGUAUUGGAAGGCAACGGGAAAAGACAGGCCUAUCCUUAGAAAGGGCAGUCUUGUGGGCAUGAGAAAGACAUUAGUGUUCUAUCAAGGAAGGGCACCCAAAGGAAGGAAAAGUGAGUGGGUGAUGCAUGAAUUUCGCCUUGAAGGUCCUCUUGGUCCUCCUAAAAUUCCUCAACAUAAGGAGGAUUGGGUGUUAUGUAGAAUGUUCUACAAAAAGAAAGAAAUGGGAGGCAAUGGUAUAAGUAGCAUGGGAGGAAGGUGCUACGAUGACACAACAAGCACUUCAUUUCUUCCAUUAUUAAUGGAUUCCUACAUCACAUUCGACCAAACUCAACCUAAUCUACAUCAUCACCAUGACCAUGACAAGCAAGUGCCCUGCUUCUCCAUUCUUACACAAUCUCAAAACAACCUUAAUAUUUUCCCUUACAACAACAAUCCAAUGGACAUUAACAAAAAUAGUGCAGCCUCAACUCCAUUCGGACAAAUAGGAACCUAUAAUCAUAGUAAUUUAGACACUUUUUCUUGUGACAAAAGUGUGCUUAAAGCUGUUUUGAAUCAGCUUACCAAGAUGGAAACCAAUCCUAAUGGUCCGAGCUUAGGAGAUGGAAGCUCCGAGAGCUAUUUAUCUGAAGUGGGUUUGUCCAAUUUGUGGAAUCAUUAUUGAUUUUUAUAGGUUUUAAGGGACUAUAUUAUAUAUACUAUUGCACUUUGUAUGAAUUGUAUUACUAAGACAAAAAUAUUAGAAAAUUUCAAAUAGUGAAGAGUAAUUUGUGAUCGAGAGUGGAAGAUUUUAAGGUUAAAUCUUCUUUAUACGAGGUGUAUUAUCAAUUUUAUAAUGAAUUGUGUUAUGUAA